CUGACCCGGUAGCCGCAUAUCAGCUGGCCGCCGCUGAAGCAAGAAGAGGACAACAAACCUAUGGAAAGCGUUAUCGCAAAUCUUUUCUGAAAGGGAAUAAAUGAGAAAAUCGCGGUUAUAAAGACAGGAAGUAGUCUUCAACAGCUAGCGAGAGCGCUAAAUGUACCAGAAGUAACGGACCCGGUUCUCAACAAGGUGGAGUUUUGUGAGCGAGGGCUACCCAUCGAUUGCGCUUUACGCUAUUCGGUUACCAGAUGCAGGAACCUGAUCGACAGGUUGCGCGAAGAUAAGAGCUGCCUUUUCUGGAAGUAUUAAACCCUUACACCAGAACAAACAAGCAAAGAAGAACAGUAAUUGGAUUUCCUAUAUGGAAUUAAAUGAAAGAGUUUUAAAGAAAUAUCAGAUUCUUUUUUUUUUUUUACACACAAUUCGCAUUUAGACAUGUCUUCUUUAACGAUGUGUGAAUGACUGCUGUAUAUGGAACGAACACAUCCUGUCAUUUGAAGUGAAGUUUGUGCGUAACAGGUCGCUGAGAACACAACAUUUACAUAGACGAAGGACUGAUGAAAACGAACCGGGCAGAGUAGAGGAAGAAGAAGGUAGUUAGUUUAAGCGAUAUGGCUGAAUUGUGGGGUAGGGGACACUGUCUGGAACUACUCAAAGAGUCUGGAUGCUAGUUAUAGAACAUGGCAACAUAUCCCUGGGCAUCGGUAGCCUCAGAAUAAUGCCUAAAGGUAAACAUAGUUACUAUCCGGACUCUCCCUCUAUCCGCAUAUCCAAGAUGGAUGUGAUCAUCCCGUUCUCCCCAGAUGUGCCCUGUGAUAGCAACGGGCAGCGCAUGUGGUGGGCUUUCCUCGCCUCCUCCAUGGUUACGUUCUUUGGGGGUCUCUUCAUCAUUCUGCUCUGGAGAUCUCUCAACUACCUGUGGACCGUCUGCUGCCACUGUAAUACCAAAAAAAAGAAUGUUCAUCGUGUCCAUCACCCUAUCUCCCAUGGGGAUGGCGUCAAGCACACCAAGGAGACGGUGGCUGCACUCAGCGAGGUGGGCUGGAUGACCUCCGUCAAAGAUUGGGCCGGGGUCAUGAUAUCAGCCCAGACACUGACGGGCAGGGUCCUGGUGGUGCUUGUCUUUGCCCUCAGCAUCGGAGCCCUUGUAAUAUACUUCAUCGAUUCCUCUGACCCCAUCGAGUCCUGUCAGAACUUCUACAAAGACUUCACGCUACAGAUCGACAUGGCUUUCAACGUCUUCUUCCUCUUGUACUUUGGUCUUCGGUUCAUAGCGGCCAAUGACAAGCUGUGGUUCUGGCUGGAGGUGAACUCGGUGGUGGACUUCUUCACUGUUCCCCCGGUGUUCGUGUCCGUCUAUCUCAACAGGAGCUGGCUUGGCUUACGGUUUUUAAGGGCCUUAAGAUUGAUACAGUUCUCAGAAAUCUUACAGUUUUUGAAUAUAUUAAAAACAAGCAAUUCCAUAAAACUGGUGAACUUGUGUUCAAUCUUCAUAAGCACAUGGCUAACAGCUGCAGGCUUCAUACAUUUGGUGGAAAACUCAGGGGAUCCUUGGGAAAACUUCCAAAAUUCCCAGUCACUUUCCUACUGGGAAUGUGUCUACUUACUGAUGGUUACCAUGUCCACUGUGGGCUAUGGAGACGUGUAUGCCAAAACUACCCUGGGACGACUUUUCAUGGUGUUCUUCAUCCUCGGUGGUUUGGCCAUGUUUGCGAGCUACGUCCCUGAAAUCAUAGAGUUAAUAGGAAACCGCAAGAAAUAUGGUGGUUCCUAUAGUGCUGUUAAUGGGAGAAAGCACAUCGUGGUCUGUGGUCAUAUUACCCUUGAAAGUGUGUCCAACUUCCUUAAAGACUUCCUACACAAGGACAGGGAUGAUGUCAAUGUAGAAAUUGUUUUUCUCCAUAAUAUUUCCCCUAAUCUUGAGCUGGAAGCCUUGUUCAAGCGGCACUUCACCCAGGUGGAGUUCUACCAGGGAUCUGUUCUCAACCCACACGACCUGGCCAGAGUCAAGAUAGAGUCAGCAGAUGCCUGUUUGAUCCUAGCUAAUAAAUACUGUGCAGACCCUGAUGCUGAGGAUGCUUCCAACAUCAUGAGGGUGAUAUCCAUCAAGAACUACCACCCGAAGAUCAGAAUCAUUACCCAGAUGUUGCAGUACCACAACAAGGCCCACCUUUUGAACAUUCCCAGUUGGAACUGGAAGGAGGGUGACGAUGCCAUUUGCCUUGCUGAGCUGAAGCUUGGCUUCAUCGCACAGAGUUGUCUGGCUCAGGGCCUCUCCACCAUGCUGGCCAACCUCUUCUCCAUGAGGUCCUUUAUCAAGAUUGAAGAGGACACGUGGCAGAAGUAUUAUCUGGAAGGAGUAGCCAAUGAAAUGUAUACUGAGUACCUGUCUAGUGCCUUUGUGGGCUUAUCCUUCCCCACCAUUUGUGAACUCUGCUAUGUGAAGCUAAAGCUGCUACUGAUCGCUAUCGAGUACAAGUCUGAUAUACGGGAAAGCAGCACUCUCAUCAACCCCGGGAACCAUGUGAAGAUGCAGGAAGGAACCUUGGGGUUCUUUAUCGCCAGCGAUGCCAAAGAAGUUAAGAGGGCACUUUUCUACUGCAAAGCUUGCCACGAUGACAUCACAGAUCCUAAAAGGAUAAAGAAAUGUGGAUGCAAACGAUUGAUCUAUUUGGAAGAAGAGCAGCAGUCAGCUGUUUCGCCUAAAAAGAAACAAGGCAAUGGAAACACGAGGAACUCACCCAACGGUUCACCAAAAAUGAUGAGGCAUGACCCUCUCCUCAUGCCGGGGAACGAACAGAUUGACAACAUGGACGUGAACGUGAAGAAGUACGACUCCACAGGGAUGUUCCACUGGUGCCAGUCCAAAGACAUCGAGAAGGUCAUCUUGACCCGGAGCGAAGCUGCCAUGACUGUUCUAAGCGGCCACGUGGUCGUCUGUAUAUUUGGAGACGCAAAGUCGGCUUUGGUGGGCCUUAGGAACCUUGUGAUGCCUCUGAGAGCUAGCAACUUCCACUACCACGAGCUGAAACCCAUCGUGUUUGUGGGUUCCCUGGAGUACCUGAAGAGGGAAUGGGAGACCCUUCACAACUUCCCCAAAGUCUCCAUCUUACCUGGCACACCAUUGAGCCGGGCCGAUCUGAGGGCCGUCAAUAUCAACCUCUGUGACAUGUGUGUCAUCCUGUCGGCCAAUCAGAGCAAUAUCGACGACGCUUCACUGCAGGACAAGGAAUGUAUCCUGGCGUCACUCAACAUCAAGUCUAUGCAGUUUGACGACAGCAUCGGGGUGUUGCAGGCUACCUCCCAAGGUUUUACCCUGCCAGGCAUAGACAGGUCCUCUCCUGAAAACAGUCCAGUUCACGGGGGGUUGGUCCGACAGGCUUCCAUCACAACAGGAGCCAAUGUCCCCAUCAUCACUGAACUAGCACCGUUAGUAAAAGCAGCAGGCAAAGUCCUACCUGUGAUUUCAUUCAGUCAGGAUACAAGCAGUGGGAUCAACAUACACAUAAUAACAGAACUGGUGAAUGACUCCAAUGUUCAGUUCCUGGACCAGGAUGAUGACGACGACCCUGACACAGAGUUGUACCUCACUCAGCCCUUCGCCUGUGGGACGGCUUUCGCAGUCAGCGUGCUGGAUUCCCUGAUGAGUGCUACAUACUUCAAUGAUAAUAUCCUCACCCUGAUCCGGACGCUGGUAACAGGGGGGGCCACUCCGGAGCUGGAGGGUCUGUUGGCGGAGGAGAACGCAUUACGAGGAGGCUACAGCACGCCACAGACCCUCGCUAACCGGGACAGGUGUCGUGUUGCACAGCUAGCCUUGUACGACGGGCCUUUCGCUGACUUGGGGGAUGGUGGUUGCUACGGUGACUUGUUUUGUAAAGCGUUAAAAACAUACAACAUGCUUUGCUUCGGAAUUUACCGAUUGAGGGACGCCCAUCUAAACACACAAAGUCAUACAAGUCAAUGCACUAAACGAUAUGUAAUAACCAACCCACCGUAUGGUUUUGAGCUGGUGCCAUCAGACCUGAUCUUCUGCCUGAUGCAGUUUGACCACAACGCGGGUCAGUCCCAGGCCAGCCUCACCCAUAGCUCCCACUCCUCCCAUUCCUCCAGCAAAAAGAGCUCCUCCGUCCAUUCUAUCCCCGCCACCAACCGCACCAACCGCGCCAAGAGCAGGGACUCACGGGAUAAACAAAAGAUGAAUAGAAUGGGCCACGAAAAGACAUGCUUUAUAGAUGAGCCUGAGAACGCAGCCUACCCCAGGAAGUCACACUCUAGUCACACAGCCAACCACCAGGUCAACCACCAGGUUAACCAGAACCCUUACAAAUCCACCAACAACCUCAUCCCGUCCAUCAGAGAGGUGGAGGACGAAUACUGAACUACAGAACCCAAUGUUGAGACCUACCGUACAACCCACCUGGAGAACACCUGGAACUAGAGCCCAAGAACAGCUAGAACCCACCUACAGAACACCUGGAACUAGAACACAAGAACAGCUAGAACCCACCUACAGAACACCUGGAAAUAGAACACAAGAACAGCUAGAACCCACCUACAGAACACCUGGAACUAGAACACAAGAACAGCUAGAACCCACUUACAGAACACCUGGAACUAGAACCCAAGAACAGCUAGAACCCAACUAGAGAACGCAUGGAACUAGAACACAAGAACAGCUAGAACCCACCUAGAGAACGCAUGGAACUCCACCCUGAUCCAGUGGAACUGGAAUCUGAAGAACAAUUUAAAACUAGAAUCCUUAGUUGCUACAUCAAUUCAUGAACUUAUAAAUGAAUGAUCAAAACAUCAAUGCUGCAUAAUAAACCUCACGGAAAAGUGCGUAUGUACAGUAGCUACAGUAACAUCAUAUCAACAGGCUUUCUGACAUCUUUUAUACAUAUGAAUAUGUAAAUGAAGUAAUAGACAUAUAAAUACAAUCAGAUGUCAAUCAGAUGUACAAGUCAGUCAGUCACUAAUGCUAACACUGUAGUUUACACAGCCAGUUCCUUAGUGACCAGACUCCAUCAGUUUAACCAUUUUGGAGAAUGAGGGUCGCUUCAGUCAGAGUAGCAAAGCAACGCAAUGCCAGAUAACAUAUGAUGAAACAUUAUAAUAGCGUGUUAUCAAACUGGACUGAUUAUUUGCCAAUAAAAAAACCAUAUAUA